AUGUACCGCCAACACCAUGACGAGCUCCCACCAGAGCUCAUAUUAUCCAUCCAGCGUAUUCUUGAAAUUCAACCGGGCCCAGACAGUGAUCCUUUAGAUACACUCUCUGAUGACUUGAGUACUACCGACAUCCUCAACUCUUACUUUCCCGAUGAGGCCUCGCUGGCGCAGAUAGAUGCCGUCCAGGCCCAGCUCGCGAAGGAUGAAAUGGCGCUGCAAGAUGAGAUUGCUGCAUUGCAGGACGAGUUAACACGGCAACAGGAUCCGGGGAGGAUGCAGCUCAUUCAGGAGAUGAUCUCAGAUCUACUAGGCCAGAUGUCUCGUAUCAGAGAGAAGGCCACGGAGUCAGAGGCCAUCGUCCGAAAUAUCACUAAGGACAUUCAGGUUUUGGAUUUGGCGAAGAAGAAUCUUAUUCUGAGUAUGACGACGCUGAAGAGGAUGCAGAUGCUCGUCAAUGCUCUUUCACAGCUGGACGACUACAUUAAAGACAAGAAGUACCAUGAAAUCACGGAGAGUCUCGCCGCUGUGAAGCAGAUUUCUGCGUCGUUCAAACCGUAUACCUCGGUCCCCCGGAUAGCGCAACUGUGGAAACGUAUACAAGAAGUUCAGGGCGCAAUCCGAACCCUGCUUGAAGCAGACUUUGAUACCUAUUACCUACAAACCCCUGCCGCUCCAAAACCUGCCACCCUCCUUGCCGCCUGUUCCACCGCUGAUAUUCUAGGCGAAGACGUCCGCGCUUUCCUCACAUCCCGUUAUGUUUCCCUUCUCCUCGCCGAAUACCGACGCGUAUUUCGAUUGACGGACGAGGCUGGACAAUUGGAUAAUGUGAGCCGGAGAUUCGCCUGGUUUAGACGGGUAUUGAGUACACACGAGGGUGGUCUUGGGAGAGGGUUCAAGGAAGAGUGGAGGGUUGGAUGGGCUCUUGUGCAGGGCUUCACGGAGGUUACCAGGGAUGAUAUGGCAGCUCUGUUGAGCAAGGCGGGCAAGGACUUGACUGUAGCCAUGCUUUUGGACGCAUUGCAGCAGACGAAAGAUUUUGAGAACUCGAUGGCGAGGAAGUUUGCUGUCCCUUUCAGCGAAAUAAUACAGGCUUUCUCAUCGACCCCCACACGGCCUGCUCAACCAAUAAGCGCCGCAUUUGAACCACACAUGGGCGUGUAUGUCGAUGCACAAGACAGGCCAGUUCUCCCAUCCAUCUCAGACAUGCUUGCCCCUCAUCGAUCUUCCUCCAAACCGCCGGCUCGGACAUCCCUCGAUACUCAACUGUCUGCUGGGCCAGAGAACAACGGAGAUGACGAGGAGGGAGCGGCUGCCGUUCUGCCAUCAUCGACUGAGCUGUUUUAUUUCUAUGGACAAACGCUGGAGGGAUGUGCCAUGCUCUCAACUGGAAAGCCGCUGUUUGAUCUGUGUGAAGUGUUUAGGAAGUGGUUGAGAGUCUACGCUGAGGAAGUAUUGGUAGCUAACAGAAAGAGGUAUGUUGCUCUCCCUGGCCGACGCUCAAUGGACACUCGAUUCGAUCCCAACGAGGUCAAGAACGCGUGUGUUCUCAUCAAUACGGCCGAUUACUGUCAGACAACAGCGCAAGAGCUCGAGGAGAAAUUGCGUUCGAAGGUGGCACCUCAGUAUAAGGAGAAAAUAUCAUUCCAAGCGGAAUGCGACCUUUUCAUCAGGCAUGCCCCUGCCAUCACUAUCCUCCUUUUGCUCCGUGAACUUGAAGUAGCCAUCGAUCCUUCCCUCAAUACCCUCACCCGCACGCCCUGGGGCACAGAUGUUACUGGCCCGUCGCCGUUUGUGGAUGAGCUGGCUCGGGCUCUGGACAUGGUCAGCGAGACGGUGAAACCCCUCGUAGAAGGCAAAAAGUAUCUGAGGAAUUUCUUCGAUAAGGCGGCUAGCUUGGUGAUGGCGAAGUUCACAAACUCACUUGUGAAGAGUCGACCGCUGAAGGAGAAUGGAGCUGAGCAGGUGGCUCACGUCACAACUGGUGUGCAGCUCCUCAUUGACUUGGCUGUGCUGAAGACCUGCCUAUUGAAGCUACCAGGCGAUACAUUGGUUACGGCGGGGUACACCCGGAGCGUUACAAAGAGUUCGCAGCGGCUAGAGGCUCUGCUGAAGGUCAUUGUGACGCCGCAAGACCCUGCGGAAGGCUUUAUUCUGAAUUACACACUGCUCAUCGGCGAUGCUUCGUUCUCCAACUUCCAAAAGAUCCUGGAUCUAAAAGGCACCACUCGCGCCGCUCAAAACGACCUCCUAGACUCCUUUGUGACCAUCACCUCCACUAAGCCUGAACUAGAACAAACCUCCUUCCUCACCUCGCUCGACAUGGACCCCCACCCGCAACAAUCCCAAAUACACGCCUUCAGUCAAUUAGGAAAUAUGACCAGCCCAGGAGGCUCUCGAGUCUCGUUGCCUGGCUUAUUGGUGAAUUCCGGUGAAUCGGGGAUGGUAUCGCCGCCUCCGGGUGCGUUGACGCCGACUGGGUUGGGACCUGGGAGUGGGGCGGAGACUCCGUUGAGGGGGGAGCAGAAGGUAUUCUCAGAUUUCAGGAGGUUUGUGAGUUUCGGGUUGAGGAGGGAUACGGCGCCGCAGUAG